AUGUCAGAGAAACGUGAGGCCGACGGGGUUCAACCGUCUCUUAGCCCUACAUUGGGCGACAACUCCCCGCCCAACAAUGAAGGAACUGAGCCAGAUCUUCCGAAGGGGAGAUUAAAUGGUGGUCUUGAUGCGUGGCUAAGCGUUCUUGCGGGAUUUUGUGUGUUUGUGAACUCUUGGGGUCUUUUAACGACCUAUGGCGCCUUUCAGGAGUAUUAUCAGACUGUACUCUUACCAGAUGAGACACCAUCAACUAUAUCAUGGGUUGGUAGUAUUCAAGCCACCUUGAUCCCUAUGGUUGGUCUUGCCACUGGCCCAUUAGUCGAUGUCGGAUAUCUACGACCUUUAAUAAUAUCUGGGAGCUUCCUAACGGUCUUUGGAAUGAUGAUGACCAGUCUCGCUACUUCCUACUACCAAGUCCUCCUAGCCCAAGGCUUCUGCGUUGGCAUGGGCGGCGGCAUCUCAUACAUCCCAGCCCUAGUAGUAAUAUCCACGAACUUCACCAUAAAACGCCCUAUAGCAAUCGGCUGCGCGUCAAUCGGAUCAAGUGUGGGUGCAGUAAUCUUUCCGAUUAUGUUCCGCCAACUCCAGCCCAAAAUCGGUUUCCCGUGGGCAGUCCGCUGCAUCGGCUUUAUCAGCCUGCUGCUCGCUAUUACCGCUUGUAUCAUUCUCUGUCGGCAUCCGGGUGAAAGGGCACGGGCAAGAAGUCUCAUUGACUGGAAGGCUUUCCGUGAACCUUCGUUUGUGAUGUUCUCGCUGUCACUUACCCUUGUCAUGCUCGCCUACUAUGUCCCUAUUUUCUAUAUCGCUUCUUAUGCGCGCACGGUUGUGCAUACGACAACUAGUUUUAGCUUUUAUAUGGUUGCUAUUGUGAAUGGCUCGUCGGUCAUCGGUCGUGUUGUGCCAUACCUUCUCGUUGCGUAUGUGAAGCCGAUUGGCAUUCUUAUAUUUGCAGUGGCGGCUUGUGCUAUCGCUAUGUUUACUUGGAUAGCAGCUACUGGCACUGCUGGUUUCAUUGUGUGGUCAUGCUACUUUGGAGCUUUAAGUGGUGUUUUGGUUACUGCGCCCACAUCUAUCGUGGCCCAUCCCGUUUUUUGUCCGGACUCUACCUUCCUGGGGACUCGUCUCGGCAUGAUGUGGGGAAUCUCUUCUUUUGGAGCUUUGGCUGGAACCCCUGUUGCAGGUGCUUUGGUAAAUCUUGAUACCGCGUACUUUUUACGUGCGCAGGUCUUUGCUGGGUGUGUGCUGGUUGGGGCUGUUUUGUUGCAGCUUUGGCCUGCUUUCAAAGUUCUUCGGUAUGAUCGAGAUCAUCCGCAUAAAUCUUGA